AUGGCUACAGUAGCAUACGCUCCGUCUGGCCAAAUCGAACCGGUCCACACGACCUACAACCCCACCUCGAUCCCACCAAAAAAAGAAAAAGAUUUUCGGCGCCAUCCGUCACCCAUUAAAACCCAGCAAGGGGACGUCCGCCGAAGCAGGCCGCGGGUCCCAAACACCGGGCACGACCCAAAUAAACCACCGACCUUCCCCACGGCCCGGUCCGCCUUUGCCGCGAGGAGUCCCUUUUGUCGCCCGGAGGCCCGCGCCAGGAACCCACGAAGAACCGCCGGACCGCAACCCAUUUCAGCCCAACCAACGCGGAAAGAAACCCCCGCCCGCGACCUUUCGCGUGAAUCUGGUGGUCCCUUCUUUUGGGCCUUCGGCGGGUCUUUUCCGGUUUUGAACUCCGGGAGGUUUUCCCCAAUGGGCGGCGGACGCGAGGCCCACCCCCGAACCGCCCUCCGGAACUAA